AUGGCACCAAAGAAGGACCCCAAGGCAGCGGCUCCCAAGAAGGCCGAACCCGCACCCGCUGCAGCACCGGCCCCUGAGCCUGCACCUGCACCGGCCCCAGCUGCUGUGGACCUGUCCGCCGUAAAGGUGGAGUUCAGCGCGGACCAGAUUGAAGACUACAGGGAGGCCUUCGGUCUUUUCGACAGGGUGGGUGACAACAAGGUGGCCUACAACCAGCUCGCCGACAUCAUGCGCGCUCUCGGACAGAACCCCACCAACAAGGACGUCACCAAACUGCUGGGAAACCCCUCAGCCGAUGACAUGGUCAACAAGAGAGUAGAGUUCGAGGCUUUCCUGCCCAUGCUCCAGACCAUCAUCAACAGCCCGAACAAGGCCGUCUUUGAGGACUACGUUGAGGGUCUCCGCGUUUUUGACAAGGAGGGAAACGGCACAGUCAUGGGCGCUGAGCUUCGUAUUGUGCUGUCCACACUGGGAGAGAAGAUGACCGAGGCUGAGAUCGAUGCCCUCAUGGCCGGACAGGAGGAUGAGAACGGAUGUAUCAACUAUGAAGCCUUUGUGAAGCACGUCAUGUCUGUGUAA